AAACGCGAUCGGCGCGCAGCAGAAGACAAAGACUGCCGGCUUCCUCUACCGCCUUCAGAUGUACGUGACGUGCACGGUGCGGGUGGAAGGCAGCCGCCUGGCCAAGCCCGUCCUGUCGCUGGCCCUGCUGUGUCUGGCCUUCCUCACGGGACUGAAUCGCAUCGCCGAAUACCGCAACCACUGGGCCGACGUCAUUGCGGGCUUCGUGAUCGGCACCGCCAUCGCCACCUUCUUGGUGGUGUGCGUGGUCCACUAUUUCCAAGGGAAGUUGCUGCUGAACGACGAGACUCCGACGGGAGCGCGGACGCGCGCGGCACUUGUGGGCACGGGCCAGGUCGAGAGUCCUCUGGACAAGUACAUCGUCUCGCAGGUCCGUCGCGACGCCCGCUCGCUCGCUGUUGACCGUUUUUGUCCGACCGCGUGAGCCCGUUCCGAUCGACUUUGGAAAGUCAACGUCGGGGAUGUCACCGACAACUCCUUGAUCCUAAUCCAUCCCUCCGUGCGGAUCCAGACCGGCCUCCAAGAUUUGAGGAGAAAGUCUCGUUGAACCGAUGAGAGAAAAAGGAUGCCGUUUAUUUAGGGAGCGACUGCGCUCGGACGUUGGCGCCUUCUCCCGGGACGGGCUCGGAUGGAACAAAUGAGGGCGGCGGCAGAAUAGGGUCCGCGGGAACAUUUUGUCUGCCAAAGAUACAAACAAACUGUUUGGGAGAGCAUCCAGUAAGCCAUUCACUUCCAAAAAAAAAAAGAUUGGGAAAACACACCGGAGCUUUGUUCAAGUCAAAGAGACUUCACAGCAACGCAUCCCGCUAAGAAGAUGCACAUUUGGUGGACCGUGAAAAAAACAAAAAACAUUCAGUUGCCUGAACACGGCCGAAACAAAAAAAAGGGGGAAAAAUAUCAGCUCGUAUUAAACUCAGCGAUGCUAAGCUCGGCGGAAAGUAACCGGGCUAAAAAUAGCACAGCAAAGAAGCCUCCGAGCUAAAGGGGCCACGCUAAAGAAAAUGACAAGCGAGAAAGAAACAGUGCGCGCUUCUCGUUCCCAUUUGGUUUUGCUCGGCUCAUCGACGUGCGCCGCAAGAGGCUUCCGCGACUUGCACUCACCGUCACCGUCACCGUCCAUCUUUCGGGACCUCGUUAUUCCCGACGCUCCGAAGCGGUCGUCGGGCUCCAGGCCGUCGGCGGCGCGCGAAGCCAUCUGUUGUUUUUGAUUUUUGUUCUUGUGCCGUAGAACCACAUCACCUUCGCGGAGGUCACAUGACACGGAGCCAGCGGCGCUGCAGGCGCACCGGACGGCGAUCCAGCUAGCCCGAGUGCGGCCGUAAACCCGAUGCUCUCCUCCUCUCUGUCUCCGUUUUCUCCCUCCUGGUUUUAGUUGUUUUUUUUAGAUAUCUAUCAAUCCAUAUGAAGCAUACAUCUCAAGAAGGAAAAAAAACAAAAAAGAACAUGAAAGUUGGAGUUCCUACCCGUCCAAUGUGCACCGAGCCCUGCUGAAAGUAGGCCAACCGCGACCUCCGACCCCGACGACGGACUCGGGGUGACGGCCUUUCCAAAUGAAGCUCUUCACUUGAACUUGAACGGAUCGCAGCCGAGCCGGCAGCCGAGCCAUCCCCCUUCUCUGCGGCGCCCCACAACGGCCAAAUGGAAGGGGAAGAGUGUCUCGCUCAAGGGCGGCUUCGAGGUGCGCACCAAACCAAAAUGUUCCCAUUUUCAUCUCGUCGCCCCGGCUUCAAGCCGUCACGGACGCGCGACUCGGUUGAGUUCCAGGUGUUGUUUUAAUUGCGAGCGGUGCGAGGCCGCGUUCAAUCAGCGACCGGGAUCACGCCGCAUUAUUUCCCCGAGCUCGGACUGACUGACGCGAGCCAAAAUGUUCCCGUCGGCUCGUCUGAGAAAACAAACGAUACCACCCGUGAUCGUGUCGCGUUCUGACCUUAGGCGGCCCCGUAGAAAUGGGAAGAGAAUCCCGGCCAUCCCGCAACUAUUCGCAGUCCAACAGAAAAA